AUGGAGAUCAGAGGCCUCAAAGACAGCAUGACCGUGGAUCAGUUCACUGCGUUCGCUCGUAGGAAGAUCAACAUCACUUCCAAGUUCAUCAUAACAGCCUGUAUCAUCGUGGUUGUCUACCAUCUAUACUACCAACUGCAACAGCGGGCAAAGGUACACAUACUGGAAACACGUUUUGCUACGGAGGGGAAAACACUACAAAGUAUCGUCAGAAGAGAUGCUGUUUUGCAACGACUCACUCCAGUUGCAAAACAGGCAGAUGAACCACCAAGACACACAUCAUCAAGCCACCAGUUCUACUCCAACAACGUCAUGCUCAAAAACGCCUCAACCAUCCUCAACCCUCAUCCUUACACCUUCACAUUAAACAUCCCAGAUAAAUGCAAAAAUGACAACGUGUUUCUUCUUAUUGUGGUGACGACAUCUCCCGCCAAUUUUGACCAGAGACAGGCCAUACGAGAUACCUGGGGGAACGAAUCCAACGUUAACGGAGUCAUCAUCAAGAGAGUGUUCGCAGUAGGCAUGGUAGACAACUCUACAGUACAGGAAGACUUGGAGAGGGAGCACGGCGUGCACCGGGACAUCAUUCAGGAAGAUUUUUUAGACUCUUAUCGAAAUCUGACCCUGAAGGCUGUCAUGGUGUGGAAGUGGGCUUUUCAGUAUUGCUCUCAGGCCAGCUACGUCAUGAAAACUGACGAUGACGCUUUCGUGAACGUCCACAAGCUGGUGAACCAUUUAGGACAGUUGUCGGCAAAUGCCAGUAGGAGGUUCGUGACAGGACAUGUUUACGUAGACACCGAGCCGAUUCGAGACCCCGCUAGCAAAUGGUUCGUCACAAAAGAGGAGUACCCAAGAGAUACGUAUCCCAGCUACCCUUGCGGGUGCGCUUACGUCAUUUCGAAAGACCUGACGAAACUGCUGUUCGAAACAUCGUUGGUGACCGAGUACCUUUUUAUAGAAGACGUUUAUCUCGGCAUUUGCCUGGAAAAGUUGGGUGUUGACGUCGUGAACUCUCAUAAGUUCUGGUCUAUGUACGUAGGAACCAUUCCGUGCUCUCCGCAGUUCGAUUUCAUAGCCACCCAUUGGGUGAAAACACCGGAAGCCAUGGUGACGUCAUGGAAAGCGUUAAAUACAAACUGUAGGAAAUCCUUCUUCGGAUUGUGGGACAUUUUACGUGACCUCUGGUGA